AUGCGAGGCAUUCAUCAGCGCUUCGAGGGACUGCUCGCCGUCGGCCUCGGCAGCGGCACCGCGAGCAGCACCACCAGCGGCACCGGUAACUACCGGGCGCACUUCCUCGAGCCGCGUCUCGACUACUUCAACCACCAGCCCACGGAGCAUCUAUCGAAGCCCCUGCUUCGGUACACCGUUGCGCUAAACAACAACAACAACAACGACAGCGGCAGCAAUAGCGCCGAAGAGCAGCCGAAGAAGCAGGAGGGCCAGGAGGAGUCGGAGGUGACGGGGGCCAUCACGGUAGGGGGUGAGCCCGUGAAGACGACGAGGUCACCGACGCCGCCGGCCGUCCUGGCUACCGACGCUGGGGGCGGCUUCUGGCUGGCCUCGGUGGCCGCUGGGGUGCUGGCCCCGCACGCGGCAGUCACCGGCGGCGGCGCGAUGGAGCCCGGGCCACCGCCGCCGCCGGAAACCGGCUUCAUCAGCAGCCAGCCGUCGAUGGCCGAGUUCAUGACGGUCCUGCCCCACCAGAUGGGCGCCGAGGGACCGAUGCAGCUACACUCGCCCGGAGCCGUGGUGGCCGCGAGCACCGGGCCCCUCAGUAGUCCGGGUGGGACGCAUCAUACCGGCUACCACGCCAUCAUGGAUCCGCAUGGAUCGGUCCAGGACGCCUCGGGCCCGGGGGUCAAUGUGCCGGAGUACGCCUGGAUGAAGGAGAAGAAGACCACGCGCAAGAGCAGCCAGCAAGAGAACGGCCUGCCGAGGAGGUUGAGAACGGCCUACACCAACACCCAGCUUCUCGAGCUCGAGAAGGAGUUUCAUUUCAACAAGUAUCUGUGCCGGCCCAGAAGAAUAGAGAUAGCGGCUUCGCUCGAUCUCACCGAGAGGCAGGUGAAGGUAUGGUUUCAAAACAGGCGUAUGAAGCACAAGCGCCAGACGCUGACCAAAGAAGACGGGGACGACAAAGACGGUGGGUCCGACGGACUCGAAAAGAAGGGCAAGCACCUGGUGGACGAGGACGAGAAGAAGAGCUGCCACAACUGUGAUAUUUCGGGGGUGGGCGACGUUGGUAGCACAUUGUCCGGUGACGUGACCGAACUCGGUUCCGUGCAAGAUCCCAGUAACAGCAACAACAACACACCCAGCGCAACGAACAACAACAACAAUAGUUCCGGCUUCAAUGCCAACAGCAACGGGGCAAGCAGCGUGGGGAGCACCAACAGCGUCUCGAGCACCUUCGACAAGAUGAUGGUGGACGGGGAGGACUCGCGCUCGAACGAAGGCAGCGACGUGGCCUCGCCCGGCUUGUCCAGCUCGAAAAAGUCGGACGUUAGGAUAAAGCUCGAAAACGAGCUGCGCAAGAGCCCGAACCGCCCCAAGCAAACGAGCAUGAGCAAAAAGUCACCCUCGGCCAACUCGGCCAAGGACAACAUGUGCUCGGUGAGCAGCAACGGGGUACUGCUGGCUCUACCGGACUCAACGGUUGCGACGCCAACCCUGCCCAACCAGCCGGGCUCGUCUACCCGUAGUCUGACGCCAUCCUCUACCCCGAGCACCCCCGUCUCGGUGCAACUCCAAGGAAGCCCACUGAGCAGCGUCCAGCAACAACAGUCGGUCUACGUCAUGCAGCGACCUCGCAGUUCGCCCUCCUCCAGUACGAGUGGUGCUGUCCAACCGGGUCUCUUGCACGCGGUUAACAGCCAAGGGGGCUCGGUCUCGCCUCACAAUUCGCGCACCAGCCUGGGCAACCCGCAGCAGAGCCACUUCCAACAGGCGGUGUACCAUCAGACCACCACAGGUUGCGACUAUCGGAACAGCGUUGCCAACCGGACCGCCGUUGGUGCCAACAACCAGCAGAGCGUCGCCUACUGCGGAUCGAGGGACGCUGCGAUCGCAGCAGCGUAUCACCAUCACAAUCAGCAGCCACAGCAGCAGCAGCAGCACAGAGUCAUGUAUACCAGCGAGUUGCACGCGCAGUACGCACGCCAGGGGCAUCAGUCGGCAGUGUCCACUACGCGCGUCAAUCACCACGGCACGAGAGCCAAUGCCAGAUCCAUGUACAAUCACCACUUGAUUCAACAGCAGCAGCAGCAACAACAACAACAACAGCAACAACAACAGCAACAGCAACAGCAGUUGUAUCAGUCACAGCACAAUCAGCAGUACGCCAAUACUGCCGAUUACAAUGGUUACGCGCAGACGGGCUCCAGCUAUCACGCGUCCUACCACGCGAGAAGCAUGCCGAGAACAGGGAGCGCAGCUUACAGUACAGGUACAGGUGGUCAAGCGUAUACCGAGCACAGCGACGCGGACGUAUACAUGUCGAGCAACAGCUACGGUUACCCGACGGCCAAUUCCACCUACCACCACACGUCGUCUCCAAGCGCCAGCGAGACGACUGCCAUGUCAGGCCAUCACGCGAGCAUCCCCCUCAACCAACAGCAGCACUACUACGACGUGCACCAGCAGCAGCAGCCGCAGCAUCAUCAACAACAACACGUGCAGACAGAUGGCUACACGGGCCAUCAGGGCGCGUCGAUGCACUCUGCCGCGAUGCUGGACUACCAUCACCACUCGCACAGGACAACCGCCAACAAGUGCCAUCCGAGCCCGUACUACGACCAACAGCAGCAGCAGCAGCAACAGACAGGGGCUCAGCUGCACGUGCACCAGGGCGGCGAGGCCUCGAGCAUGCCGGCGAGCUACGUCUCCUCGCCCGACCCAUUCCCCAGCCCGGGCAUCGCUACGACGGCCACCGCCACCACGGCCCACGCCACAGCCCAAAACUGCGAGCCCCCCAACCAACACGACCCCACGUCCUACGCCAGCUUUGCCGGCUACUACGGCCCGGACCCCGCCACCGGACUCCAAGCGAGCCAGGCCAAUCCGGCCGCCCAGUCGCAGCCCGUGCAAGCCACCGACAACAGCAACAGCUCCUCGGACUUUAACUUCCUGAGCAACCUGGCGAACGACUUUGCCCCCGAGUACUACCAGCUCAGUUGAGUCCAGGAGCACGACGCCGUGCCCACAGCGUCGGCCAACACCAACUGCCAGCAGAUCGACUGGAACGACGAA